GGGGUCGGAGGUUGGAGCAGUUGUCUCAGCUUCUCAGCUGCUGGUUGAGGACUGCCUACUUUUCGAAGUUUCUAGCAGCAGCAGCAGGAAAAUCAUCUGCAGUCUGAUGGGCUCUUUGCUUGUGGCCUCAUCAGGGCGCUUGUAAUGUUUGUGUGCUCGCGGACGCACGAGCGCUCAUGAAGCCAUGAUCAGAGGUUCAGGAGGUUUUUUAUGUGUUUCUUGGUUGGAAAAGAAUUCUUUAAUAAACUAGCACUACACUGGCUGACAGCUGAUCAUGUUUGGGUGUCUAGUUGCAGGCAGAUUGGUCCAGACCGACGCCCAGCAGGUGGCUGGUGAUAAAUUUGUGUUCAACCUGCCGGACUAUGAGAAUGUGAACCAUGUGGUGGUGUUCAUGCUGGGCACAGUGCCUUUCCCUGCUGGCAUGGGAGGUGCUGUUUACUUCUCCUUCCCCGACCCCAGUGUGGGCCAGGUGUGGCAGCUGCUGGGCUUCAUCACCAACGAAAAGCCAAGUGCCAUCUUUAAAAUCUCGGGCCUAAAAGCUGGUGAAGGUGGAAGUCAUCCGUUCGGGAUGAUGGCUGCUCCACAGGCCGCCUCAGUGGCUCAGGUCGGCGUUUCCGUUGAACCCCUCGACCAGCUCGCUCAACAGACACCGGUUUCCAAUGCAACCGUCUCCACCAUGGAUUCCUUCACACAGUUCACCCAGAAGAUGUUGGAGAGUCUGUACAACUUCACCUCCUCCUUCGCUCUGUCACAAGCUCAGAUGACACCAAACCCCUCGGAAAUGUAUGUUCCAGCCAGCUCCAUCCUUAAAUGGUAUGAGAACUUCCAGAGACGAAUGGUGCAGAAUCCAAACUUCUGGAAGACAUGACAUGCUUUAUUGACUAAGCUCUUAAUUAACACAGGAGCAGAAAAUUGUGAAUUCAUAUUAUCAUUUGGCUUGCCUUGGAUGUAAGAAUUUCAUGCCAACAUCAGUAAAUCUUAUGUAUUUUAUAGCUCUUAUGGAACAGCAGACAAGUAAAUACAGUAUUACAGUACAGUUUUAAUGCAGUGGACACUGGCUGGUUGUUUUGGGGUUUGCCAGCUGAGGAUAAGUUACAGAAUUUUCAUAUUGAAUGAUUGAUAUUUGUAAUGUGGCUAUAAAAAUGCAGUCUUUCACA